GGAAAAGUUUAUAUUAUCCACGUGGAUGAAAACUACUGGCUGACAGUGUAAAACCGAGACAAAUGCAAGGCACAUCACUAUAGUCUCCAUUUUUCCAAGUUCCCACUUUGGGUUUAUUUUGCUCCGUUAAUCAAUCAAUAAAAGUGGUCCCUCUCUGUCCAUAAAAAGAAAAUCGAUAUUUUCAACCUUGAAAUUGAAUUAUUAAGAGACGGUAUUAUAUUGUUGAAUGUGGGGUUGGAAACAUUUUUCUGUUCUACAUGCUUACCUUGUUCUGAUUUCUCAACUUUCUUCAAAGGACAUCAUUAUUGUUGGAGAAAAAAAAAAUAGUGAAAGAAACAAAGAAAGGAAGAAAGGGAAGAAAAGAAGGAGAUGGAAGAGACAGAGUCCAGGUUUAAAAGGAUUUGUGUGUUUUGUGAGAGCAGUUCAGGGAAGAAAUCUAGCUACCAAGAGGCUGCUGUGGAGUUAGGCAAGGAACUGGUGGAGAGAAGGAUUGAUUUGGUCUAUGGAGGUGGCAGCGUGGGAUUGAUGGGUCUUGUUUCUCAGGCAGUUCGUGAUGGUGGGCGCCAUGUUCUAGGUGUAAUUCCAAGGACCUUGAUGCCGAGAGAGAUUAGUGGUGAGACUGUUGGAGAAGUAAGAGCUGUAUCUGAUAUGCACCAAAGGAAAGCUGAAAUGGCACGACAGGCUGAUGCCUUCAUUGCACUCCCUGGUAUGAAUUCCUAUUUGAUUCGCACAUCCCCUCUUAUUCUUAUAUUUUGCUGUGGCUAUGGCACCCUGGAAGAACUGCUGGAAGUUAUUACAUGGGCUCAGCUUGGAAUCCAUCGUAAACCUGUGGGUCUCUUGAACGUGGAUGGAUAUUACAAUUCUUUCUUGUCUUUCAUCGAUAAGGCCGUUGAUGAAGGCUUUAUUUCCCCGACUGCACGUCGCAUUAUCGUGUCUGCCCCAACUGCUAAACAAUUGGUCAGACUACUAGAGGAUUAUGUACCAGAAUACGAUGAAAUAACGUCAAAAUUAGUAUGGGAUGAAGUGGAUCGGUUUAGUUACGUACCCGAAUCCAGGGUUGCCAUGUGAUACAUAUUGCCUCGGCUUUUUUUUUUUUUUUCUCAGCAUACAUAGGGGUAUAUACGGUCGUAACACCAUACAACCAGCAAUACAGGAACUUUUUGGUGGAAUUUUGGAACUUGAUGUUCGUGGAGGAAAGAUGCUGUGUCACUUUCCCACUUUGUGAAACUGUGAAGAAAUGAUCAUCAAUUUAAAACCCACUAUGACUACUAGUACUAGUUACGUUCAUAACCAUUAAUUCAUUAAGCCUCUCUUAUCAAUAUGCUUAAGUAAGAAAGAUGAGUAAAGAAAUGGUAGUGCUUGAUUAAGUUGGCCUCCAUGCGUAAAAAUAAUUAGGCAUUAGGAUGGAAUUUGGCUUCAAUACUCCUUUCUUCUCUUAAGAUUUCGUACAUAAUAAUCCAUGAUUAUAUUCAUAAAUUAAAAAAAAAAAUCAAUGAACUUUGACUUGUAAAAGCAAAAUGAUAUUCA